UUACAUUUCCCAGUCCCUGCAUCUGCGCUGGCUGCCUGCUGAGGAGGUGGGGGAGGACUCCACGCUGAGGCUUGUCUUAACAUUUUUUCCUCGAGUUUUUCCAUUUCGAAUUGUAUUUUUGCUUACCAGGACCCGAGUGAGAGGAAUUGCUGAAUUGACAAGGAUCCAGAUCAGGAAGCUGUGUCGGCCGCAGUUUGAGAAAGGAACAUGGCUUCCCAGGCUGAUCUGAUGGAACUGGACAUGGCUUUGGAGCCAGACCGAAAGGCAGCAGUCAGUCACUGGCAGCAGCAGUCAUACCUAGAUUCAGGCAUCCAUUCAGGGGCCACUACAACCGCUCCAUCCCUCAGUGGGAAGGGCAAUCCGGAGGAAGAUGAUGUUGACAACAACCAGGUCAUGUACGAGUGGGAGCAGGGCUUCAACCAGAACUUUUCCCAGGAUCAAGUACAAGACAUCGAUGGUCAGUAUGCCAUGACACGAGCUCAGAGGGUGCGUGCAGCCAUGUUCCCAGAGACUCUGGAGGAGGGCAUGCAGAUCCCCUCCACACAGUACGAUGCUGCAAACCCAACUAAUGUCCAGAGACUGGCCGAGCCCUCACAGAUGCUCAAACAUGCUGUCGUCAAUCUCAUCAACUACCAAGAUGAUGCAGAACUCGCCACCAGAGCAAUACCAGAACUCACCAAACUACUCAACGAUGAAGACCAGGUUGUAGUCAACAAAGCAUCAGUGAUGGUUCACCAGCUUUCAAAGAAAGAAGCUUCUCGCCACGCCAUCAUGCGUUCCCCUCAGAUGGUUUCUGCAAUUGUCAGGACGAUGCAGAACACGAACGACGUGGAAACGGCUCGCUGCACUGCAGGAACACUCCACAACCUGUCCCACCACAGAGAGGGACUGCUGGCUAUCUUCAAGUCUGGAGGAAUCCCCGCUCUCGUUAAAAUGCUCGGCUCACCAGUGGACUCGGUGCUGUUCUACGCCAUCACCACCCUCCACAACCUCUUGCUGCACCAGGAAGGUGCCAAAAUGGCUGUCCGUUUAGCCGGUGGCCUCCAGAAAAUGGUGGCUCUGCUCAACAAAACUAAUGUCAAGUUCCUGGCCAUCACCACAGACUGCCUCCAGAUACUGGCCUACGGAAACCAGGAGAGCAAGCUGAUUAUUUUGGCAAGUGGAGGUCCUCAAGCACUGGUGAACAUCAUGAGGACUUACACUUAUGAGAAGCUGCUGUGGACAACAAGCCGUGUUUUGAAAGUUCUGUCAGUUUGCUCCAGUAACAAACCUGCCAUUGUUGAAGCCGGAGGAAUGCAGGCUCUGGGACUCCACCUGACAGAUCCGAGCCAGAGACUGGUCCAGAACUGCCUCUGGACUCUCAGGAACUUGUCUGAUGCUGCCACCAAACAGGAGGGAAUGGAAGGUCUGCUGGGAACGCUGGUGCAGCUGCUCGGCAGUGAUGACAUUAAUGUAGUGACGUGUGCUGCUGGCAUUCUGUCCAACCUGACCUGCAACAACUACAAGAAUAAGAUGAUGGUCUGCCAGGUUGGAGGUAUUGAGGCUUUGGUUCGCACCGUUCUUCGGGCUGGUGACAGAGAAGACAUAACAGAGCCCGCUAUCUGUGCCCUGCGCCACCUCACUUCUCGACACCAGGAUGCUGAGAUGGCUCAGAAUGCCGUCAGACUGCACUACGGCCUGCCCGUCGUCGUCAAGCUACUUCAUCCGCCAUCGCACUGGCCACUCAUUAAGGCGACAGUGGGUCUGAUCCGCAACCUGGCUCUGUGUCCUGCAAACCACGCCCCUCUGAGAGAGCAGGGCGCCAUCCCCAGACUGGUUCAGCUGCUGGUUAGAGCGCACCAGGACACACAGAGACGCACAAGCAUGGGAGGCACACAGCAGCAGUUUGUGGAGGGAGUUCGCAUGGAAGAGAUUGUGGAGGGCUGCACAGGAGCUCUUCAUAUUCUGGCCAGAGACGUUCACAACAGAAUAGUAAUCAGAGGACUCAACACCAUUCCACUUUUCGUACAGCUGUUGUAUUCUCCAAUCGAGAACAUCCAGCGCGUAGCAGCAGGAGUCCUGUGUGAGCUGGCUCAGGAUAAAGAAGCCGCUGAGUCCAUAGAGUCUGAGGGAGCAACUGCCCCCCUCACAGAACUCCUACACAGCCGCAACGAAGGAGUUGCAACAUAUGCAGCAGCAGUGUUGUUCCGAAUGUCAGAAGACAAACCUCAAGACUACAAGAAGCGCCUCUCUGUAGAACUCACCAGCUCCCUCUUCAGGACAGAACCCAUGGCCUGGAAUGAGACUGGAGACUUAGGUUUGGACAUUGGCGCACAGGGCGAGCCUCUGGCCUACAGAGCGGAAGACCCAAGUUAUCGUUCCUUCCAUUCGGGGGGUUACGGAGGGGACUCUAUGGGCAUGGAGCCCAUGAUGGACCAUGAACUGGGUGGAGGCCACCACCCUGUCCAGGACUACCCUCCAGUAGAAGGGCUGCCUGACCUCGGACAUGCCCAGGAACUGAUAGAGGGCCUGCCUCCUGGGGAUUCAAACCAACUGGCCUGGUUUGAUACCGACCUGUAAAUACGAGAUAAACAUUACACUACACUUUCUACUAGCUGUAUCAUGUGAUCUGGAUGAAUCUGCAUCGUGAUUUGCCCAUAUGGAGGAGGCGGGGUUUCAGAAAGUGCCUGAAGAUGACUCAACAACAGCAAGCAGUUUCCCGUCUACGGGAACUUCAUUGGGACAAAGUAGAUUUUACUGCAGUUCGUUUCUGGUCUCGGCCCGAUGCUGGGCCGACUUCAAACCCUGACAUGACAUACAGAUUUGAUCUCAGUGAUCAGUUUUCAACAACUUUUUUUAUGUACUUUUUAUUUUUUACUUCUUUUAGUUGUUUUCCUUUUUUAUUCUAUUUUCUCAGAGUCUGUAAUGGUACAAACCAAACAUUGCUUGCAUUUUUUCCCCUCCUUCAUUUCUGUGCAUUAUAACUCAUCUUCUGUUUUUGCAAUCCCUUGUAUUUUAAGUCGAGUAGUGUUUUGAUUUCUCUUUUGUUUUUCGUUUAGUGGUGAUGUUCCAUCCAAGUCAAGACUUGGAACAUAUUUUAAAUGGUGUUGAAACACUAAAGUUAAUCAGCUGUACUCUGAUGAAGUGUAACAUUGUGUAGCUUUUGUAUAAAACACAUGAAUUGGAAAUCAUGGUCCAAAUAUUGAGCUAUUUUCUUGCUUUAAAGACGGACACUGAUGUGUCUCUGCUGUUCCAAAGGGGGUUUAGCUGAUGGAGCUGACGGGUGGGGAGGGGGUUACCAGGGUGGAGAAGUGCCACUGUUGGUAUGCUGUUACUAAGGUUUAAGGUAGUAAGAGGCGCUGGUUGCUGUAGCCUGCUGUGUUCUGAAACAAUAAAAUGGACUGUCAUUUCA